AAAGCUGGAAUUACAAUGGAGAAACACUUACUGAUCUUCCUAUUUUUAUUCACUUCUAGCAUCCUCCGUGGAUAUCUUGCUCUUACUGCCGGAACCGAAGACGGGUCUGAACAAUGGGGAUAUGUUGAAGUUCGUCCGAAGGUUCACCUCUUUUGGUGGCUUUAUAAGAGUCCAUACAGAGUUGAAGAUCCAUACAAGCCGUGGCCGAUACUACUAUGGCUCCAAGGAGGCCCUGGCGCCUCAGGUGUUGGAUUUGGAAAUUUCAUGGAAAUAGGACCUUUGGAUGGCAAUUUGCAGCCCCGAAAUUAUACAUGGCUCAAGAAAGCUGAUCUUUUAUUUGUGGAUAAUCCAGUGGGAGCAGGUUUUAGUUACAUGGAAGACGAGAACUUGGUGGCGCGAACUGAUGAGCAGGCAGCCACUGACUUGACUAACUUGUUUAAGGAGGUUUUCAAUGGAAAUGAAGCCCUCCAGAAAAGUCCUCUGUACAUUUUUGCAGAGUCAUAUGGAGGAAAAUAUGCAGUUACUGUUGGGGUAUCAGCUUUAAGAGCCAUUGAAGCCAGAGAAUUGAAGCUUCUACUUGCAGGAGUUGCAUUGGGAGAUAGCUGGAUUUCUCCUGAAGACUUUGUAGCCCAAUAUGCACCACUUCUCAAAGACCUGUCGCGAAUGAACGACAAGGGCUUGAAUGAAUCAAACAGUUUCGUUUUAAAAAUUAAGCAGCAGCUUGCGGAAGGCAAAUAUGAGAAUGCAACAUAUACAUGGUUUGAUCUGAACGAGGUUAUUUCAAACUACAGUAACAAUGUGAACUUCUAUGACUUCUUACUUGAUGAUUCAACUGACCCCAUUAUGGGAACAACAACAGAGGAAAACAAAGGACUUGGAAUUGAUAUACAUUCCAAAUAUCACAGCACCAAGAAAUUUUCAACAGCUGAUGCUGGAGCUCAGCCUGUUGACCUCGACAAAUUGAUGAAUGGACCUAUCAAAAAGAAGUUGAAGAUUAUUCCUGAAAAUGUAACAUGGGGAGGUCAAGGUGGUUUAGUUUAUGAAGGCCUGAUUGGUGAAAUAAUGAAACCAAGAAUCAAAGAGGUGGAUGAGCUUUUAGCCAAGGGCGUUAAUGUGACAGUAUACAAUGGACAGGUUGAUCUGAUAUGCUCAACCAAAGGAGCAGAAGCCUGGAUUCAAAAGCUAGAGUGGGGUGGGAGUGGGAUGAAAGAUUUUUUAAGCUUGGAACGAACUCCAUUAUACUGUGGAAGUGAUACUUCAACCACCAAAGGAUUUGUUGCUUCAUACACUAAUUUCCCCUUCUACUGGAUUCUUGGAGCUGGCCACUAUGUUCCAGUACAGCAGCCCUGUGUUUCUCUAGAAAUGGUUGGGAACGUUACUCGCUCGCCAAUUUAGUCACAGUAUUGAACUUUUGUGUUCAUUAGAAAUAAUGUCUCUCUCCAGAAACGGAAUUAUCAAUUAUAUAAAUAUUUAAUAACUG